AUGACGCUCUGCCAACCGAUCUCAUCCAUCUUACCGCCAGCGGCAUCUCCGUCCCCAUUGUUGCCAUCGAAAUCCGCUCCUCCUGAUGAUAAAAACGUACAACAUAGAGCUGCAGAAUUGAAUUCUGCAGCUCGUCCUAAUAGAUGCGGAGCGUGUCAGAAACGUGUGGGGCUCACAGGGUUUACAUGCAGAUGUGGAGUCACGUUCUGUGGGUCCCACAGAUACCCGGAAAAACACAGGUGCGGGUUCGAUUACAAGGGCUUGGGAAGGGACGCCAUUGCCAAGGCUAACCCAGUGAUUAAGGCUGAGAAGCUCAACAAGAUCUGA